AGUACCCUGAGAUCAUGACCUGAGCCGAAGGCAGCGGCUUUAACCCACCGAGCCACCCAGGUGCCCUGAUGAAGGAAUUCUUUACCCUGUACGUUUUGGAUUUUUUUUUUUUUUUAAAUAUGAGAAGUAACCUCAGGAUAGAUUGUGACUGAGGUAAAAGAUGGGGCUCGUGAUCUAAGAGCUGGAAGGAGGAAGAGGGUGAUGGAAUGGAUGAGGAAGACCUCAGAGGACGUGAGAGUCGAAUCAAGGUGCAGAGACUGGUUGGGGUUUGUGUGAGUGCUGAAGGCAAGACCACGGGCGUGGAACAUGGAUGAGGAGAGCCUGAUGAAAGAAUGGUGAGAAGAAAAGCCCAAGUGGAACUGGCAGUUUUUGCAUGUGAAAUAGAGGAACACAAGAGCGGGGCCCCACAGUUGAAGCUGGAGAUGUGACUAGCCUUGAGCCAGGCUUGGGAAUGUGGGGAUGUGUCCGUUAUUUUUUUAGAUUUUGGGAUUUCCAGAAGAAAAGCUCAAAAGAGGAAUCAUCGAGAAUAGACUCUUUCUGAAGAGUUAAGCCUAAGAUGGCCACAGCCUUGGUCCUUCAGACUUCAGAGAUGCAGGAAGGACUUCAGAGAGUAAAGGUAGAAGAGAAAGAGGGGGAUUGUGGCCGUGGGCAGGAAUCUGGCCUGCUGAGAGAGAACCCUCACACCAGAGAGAUCUUUCGGAGACGCUUCCGGCAGUUCUGCUACCAGGAGACCCCUGGGCCCCGUGAGGCUCUUCGAAGACUCCGGGAACUCUGCCAUCAGUGGCUGCGGCCUGAGACGCACAGCAAGGAGCAGAUCGUGGAGCUGCUGGUGCUGGAGCAGUUCCUGACCAUCCUGCCCGAGGAGCUGCAGGCCUGGGUGCGGGAGCACUGCCCAGAGAGCGGGGAGCAGGCGGUGACCGCACUGGAGGACCUGGAGAGGGAGCUGGACGAGCCAGGAGAGCCGGUGGAAGAUGGGAGCGCAGAGGUCCCAAGCUAUGCUUGUGAACAGGGAGAGUUUGCAAAGGAGAAAGCAGCUCAGGGAGCAGCCCAGGAGUUGCCCGGUGGCCGGCUCCAGCCCGCGGAAGAGCUGCAUCAGUGCCGUGCACGCGAGCUGCGCCCGGUUCAGAUCGGUGGGGAGGCCGGGACUUGGAACGCGGAGUUAGGCCCAGCGAGGGAGCUUUCUUCAGAGACGAGGCCUCUUGUGGAAGCCCCAGAGAAACGGAACGGUGAUGCUGUUGAGAUGCCUGAGUGCAGAGACCCCUGGGAGCGGGACGGCAGGCCGGAGAGGCAGCGGCCAAGCUCUUCCGUGGAGAGACCCUACGUCUGUGGUGAAUGUGGGAAGAGCUUCACCCAGAAUUCCAUCCUUAUCGAGCACCAGAGGACGCACACGGGGGAGAAGCCCUACGAGUGCGAGGAGUGUGGGCGCGCCUUCGGCCAGCGCUCGGGCCUGUUCCAGCACCAGAGGCUCCACACCGGGGAGAAGCGCUACCAGUGCGGCAUCUGCGGGAAGGCCUUCAGCCAGAACGCCGGGCUCUUCCAUCACCUCCGGAGCCACACGGGGGAGAGGCCCUUCCAGUGCGGCCAGUGCAGCAAGAGCUUUAGCCGACGCUCUGUCCUCAUUAAGCAUCAGAGAAUUCACACGGGGGAGAGGCCUUACGAGUGUGAGGAGUGCGGCAAGAAUUUCAUUUACCACUGCAACCUCGUUCAGCAUCGCAAGGUCCACCCCGCGCUCGGGCCGGCCGGCCCCUUGGAGCAGGUGGCGCCGCGCGUCCUGCCGUCGGGCCACUAGCUCGGUCGCACGGUAGGUUCUUACUUUGUCCCCGAGCAAGGUAAUGGGAAAAACUAGUCUAAUCCUCUUGAGGAGGAAGCUCCAAGGAGAGCCAGUGAAAUUGUCCAUGUUUUUAUGCUGAGAGAAGCAUAGUAUCAAGUUCGUCUGUCAAGUUCUCUGGGGGUUCGGCAUCCCCGCUGUGCGAUACUGAAUCUUGUGUUGACUUUAUCCACGUCGUCUCCAGCCUCACACACACCUGUGCAAAAAGUUUUCUACGUGUCUUUCAGGGAAACUUCUUCACCCCAGUUUUAAGAAACUUUUAAAAAAGUUUUAAAAAAUCAUACACUGCCUAAACACAAAAUUAUGUUAAAGCUGAGCUCACUGAGUAUUUAAAAAUUAAUUUAAAAAUAAUUGCAGUAAAACCUGUAAUGUAAACAAUUUGACUCUCUUCUGUUUUCGUAAGCUAUGAUAAUUUGCUUUUUGACCUACAACAGGGGGCAGAUGAAUUCUUCCAUAAAUACACAAAGGCUUUUCCCUACCGGAGAACUCUGCAGGGUUCCAGUAACUCAGCCUCCAGUUUGGAUCUGAGGAAUUGAAGCAAGCUACUGUAGCUCAGUGGCUAGAUGCGGUAGAUACUGCUCAAGAUUUUAAAUUUGUCCAGGCCAAGAAACGUAGCUAAAAAUCAGAUAUCUCAUUUCCAAUCUUUGUUAUGAAAACAUGGGCCUCUCUGCACUUCUCCUGUGACUUAAAAGCAUUUUCAGUUCUUGAUUUCUUUCUUUAACCCUUCAUUAUGGAAAUUUUCAAACACAAAAGUAGAAAAGUAUGAUCAGUCUUCAUGUUGCUUUUGUAAGUGCCUUGCUUCUCGGCAUUACCUGUUGAUUACCGCCAAGGUCAUGCAUAAAAAAAGUUUCUUUCCCUUAACAGUAAUUGAGUAUUUGCUUUAUACUAAGCCCAGCAUACACAGAAAUGGAAAAUGUCUGGUGUUGACAAUCUGGACCUGAGUACACAAUAGUAGAAAUCCUGUAAGGGACGUUAAGGAUCACUUCUCCGUCUCCUUCUGUAACUGAUGCAGAAACGGAGGCUUUGGGAAGUAGCUGUAAGAUCCCACGGACAGCUAGUUAAUGGAGCUGGAGCUAGAACCCUGUCUUCUAAUUCCAACUUCUCUUUCUGCUAAGCCACUGCAAGCAGUUUAUCUCCAAAUAGAAAUUAUUAGCAUAUGGAACUUAGAAGAUUUAGAAGGCCCUGAGGUUUUGCUUUUUAGCUCAACAGGGCCUCCCGUCUAUGUGCAGCUCGGAGCACCUGGGUGGCUCAGUGGGUUAAAGCCUC